ACAUCCAACAGUAUACGUACCUCCUCUCCCUCACCACCUCCAACUCCGAACACCCCGGUAACCAGAGGAAGAAGGCAACGUGGCCUCAAACGUAAAAUAAGGUACAGAGUGCGUGAUCUUGGCACCGUCCUCUCCCCAAAACGCAGCUACAUUUCCGAAGACAAUGAUGUGAUUAUGGUGGGGAUGAGCACUGUGCCGGAGCUGACAAUAAAAGUGCGUAGAAGAGGGGAGAUCUUUCGUAUAAACAUCCGUGUGACAGACCCGUUGCAGAGACUGGUGGAAAUGGUGGCCUCGCAUGUCGACGCAAACCCUUCACAGAUAUUGCUGCUGCGGGGAGAUGAGGAGCUGAACACAAAGGAGACUGCAAAAUCCCUAAAUCUGACCGUGGCUGACAUCAUUGACUGUAUGGUCCUCUCCAGUUCUGGGGGACAGGGAGCUGAUGCUGAGCGCACAGAGGAAAAGAUCUGCCUGAAGGUCCAGGGAAAGGAUAAACAGUCCCAGCUCACGGUCACAAUAGGAAAGAGCGAACCCUUGAAGUCUUUGAUGGACCAGUACAAGGCUGUCAUGGGCCUCUCCAAGAAGGUGUGCUUCAUGUUUGAAGGGAGGAAACUAAAGGGACAAAACACAGCCGAUCAGCUUGGCUUGGAAAGCGAUGACAUCAUUGAGGCCUGGGUCUGA